AUGAAUUUAAACCCUUGUAUUACAACGCCUGCUAUUCAAUCGUAUACUGUAAAACUGCCUACAAUUAAACUAGAACCGUUUAACGGCGAUGUAGAACUUUGGCAAAGUUUUUGGGAACAAUUUCAGUCUUCCCUAGAUAAUAAUCCAAAUCUUUCGGUAAUUGAUAAACAUGUUUUUUUAAGAGGAUAUUUACAAGAUGAACCAAAACGAUUGGUAGAUGGCAUAAGCAUUAUUGCCGAUACAUAUGAAGCUACUAAAAAACUGCUUAUGGACAAAUAUGGCGAUAAAAACAGAAUCAUUCAAGCUCAUUUGGACUUUUUAGAAAAUUUGACGCCAAUACGAAAUCCAUCACCGACUUCACUAAACGAAGUUUUUAUUGAGUGUAAUAGAAGAUUACAAGCUCUACGUGCCUUGGGAGAGGAUGUUAAUUCUUAUGGUCGAAUUUUAACUCCUAAAAUUUUACGAGCAUUUCCGGAUGACAUUUGCCGCCGUUGGAUUAUUUUUGCGAAACGACAGAAAAUUUCGGAAGGUGACAUAACAAAAUUAAUACAAUUUCUCUCGGAAGAAGUAGAAGGUGCACUUACUACUCUGAAAAUUAGAGUUACGUCUAUUAAUAACGUUGAUAUUAUAACUCCCAAAUUUACUCAUCUGCAAACUGCUCGAGUAUAUGUAAUUGGCCCAACUGGUAAAACAAAAGUAACGCGGUGUCUCUUAGACGGUGGGAGUCAGUCUAGCUUCAUUCAUCCUAAUUUGAUCGACUUCCUGCAACUGGAAAUCACUGGCUCAGAAAAAUUGAACCUUCAAGCAUUCGAAUCCAUUUCAACAAACACUGAAACGAGACGGAAGGUCAAAUUUAUCUUGUCAAGUAUUUGGAGCAACUCAAAAAUAAAUAUACAAGCAUUUGAAAGUUCAAAUACUUAUGCCUUUCAUCCAUCUACUCCACAACAUGUCUCUUCUUUUGCUCAUAGUCAAAAGUUGAAACUUGCUGAUCCAUCAGACAGCUUAAACGACUUACCUAUAGAAAUUCUGAUAGGUGCUGAUUUUUAUUGGACUAUAGUGCAUACUAAAUCUCCUAUUAGACCUUCGGCGACUCAUGUGUUAAUACCUACAGUAUUUGGAUGGAUUCUUUCCGGCAACCGUUCGUUCACUACAAAAGCAUAUUCUUCUGUUUCUUCAGUUCUCAACAUUAGCUCAGAAACUUUGGUACGUGAUGUGGACGACAACGUGAGACGAUUUUGGGACUUGGAAACAAUUGGCAUUAAAACUAUGCAAGACAAAGGGGUGACUAUUCGUAAUUCUGAAAUUUUAAGUGAUUUUCACAAUUUAUUUUGCAAAGUUGAUGGCCGCCGUGUUGUAAAGUUACCAUGGAAACCAGAGGUGAUUCUUUCAUCGAAUAAUUACGAAAUAGCACUCAAACAAUUUCAAAUACUCCGUAACAAACUCUUUACUCAUUCAGACUUAAGAGAUAUUUAUACAGAACAGAUGCAAAAUUAUAUCGAUAACCAACAUAUUGAACUUGCCCAUAAUAGUCCUUGCAACGAAUCAAAACUAUUUUACUUGCCUCAUCAUAUAGUGAAAAAACAAAAGAAUGACGAAAAGAAAUGGCGAAUUGUAUUUGACGCUUCUUCUCAUACACCAGGACAUCCUUCCUUAAAUGAUGCUCUUGAGCAGGGUCCUAAUUUGCUUCCAGAAAUAUUUGCAACAUUGUUACGAUUUCGACUUCACAAAUUCGCAAUCACAAGCGACGGACGUCAAGCAUUCUUGCAACUUAUUUUGGAUGAAGAGGAUAGAAACUGUACUAGGUUCCUGUGGUUUAGGACGGAAAAGGAUGCAAACGGAAAAAUACAUUUGCGAAAUGAAAUACUUACUUAUCGUUUUUCACGUUUACCUUUUGGAUUGACUUCUAGUCCUUUUUUGCUUUCUGCCACUUUUCGUGAAUUAGCUAAUAUGCACUCUGAUUCCUACCCUACUGCAGCUAAACACCUGGAGAAUAAUAUUUUCAUGGACGACUUUGUUAUGGGAGUGGAUACUGCUGAACAAGCAACAAUUCUUUACCAAGAAAUGCAAGAUUUAAUGACACAGAUAAGUUUACCUUUGGCUAAAUGGAGUACAAACUCUAAGAACCUACAGGCUAUUUGGGAACUAAAGGAUAUCAUCUUCAAAUGCAAUACGCAAGUAUUGGGAAUUAACUGGAAUACCAAAGAAGACGUGUUUCAUACAGAUAUAAACGAAAGUGUUUAUCAGUUUGCUGUUCCUGCAACAAAACGUUUACUUCUUAAAAUUGUAUCAAAGUUGUAUGAUCCUUUAGGCCUCUAUGCACCAGCAAUAGUAGUUGGAAAAAUUCUUUUUCAAACCACGUGGCUCAUGGGAGUUCAAUGGGAGGAAAUUCUUCCUCCAGGCAUUGCCGCAAGCUUUAACAGAUGGGUAUCUGAAAUAUCAUCCUUAAACAAGAUACACAUUCCUCGCUGGAUUGGAAUUUCUGCUACUUCUCACAUGACUAUCCAUGUCUUUUGCGAUGCUUCGGUGACACUUCCACGGUUAGAACUUUUGGCAGCCUUACUAGGAGCUCGUUUACUUCACUAUUUUUGCAAGGAAACUGGUUUAGAUAAUCAAACAUCAACACUUUGGAGUGAUUCAACUGUUGUAUUAAAUUGGAUGAGAAAUGGUCCUAAUCGAUGGCCGGGAUGGAAGAAUUCGAACCUGCAUCCUUCGCGUCAAUGGGAAGGAGAUUACCCGUCCAAUUCAACUGGUCAUACCUCUAGAGGUUGA